UAGCAAAAGAAAAAAUUUGUUUGUGCAUUUUAAAAGGCAAGAGAGAAAAAGAGAAGCAUUAUAUUCAUUUUACUCAACAAAAAAAACACAUCGAAAUAAAUUGUCAAUAAAAGUCUAUGGCAGAAAAGAGAAUAGAAUAGAACGGAAAAGAACGAAAAAGCAGCAAAAGAAAAGUCUAAAAUACAGUGUGAUUUUUUACAGACUGUGCAUUUGACACUUAUACACAUAGAAAAAUUAACUAUUUUGCUCAUAAUAAUAGGUUAGAUUUGCGUGAUAUUUUGUGGUGUGAAUUUCGUGUCGUUGGUUAAGUGUGCAAUAUUGUCCACCUUACGAUAGAAUUACCGUGCAUAUAUACAUAUAAUCUUUUCGUUUCAUUAGAUUACCAAGUACUGUGCCGUAACACACAGCGAUAUAUACAUAUAUUUACACCAUCAUAAGGUAUUCAGUGUGAAUUUUGUAAUUGAAUAGAUUUCGUGUGUUGUUUAAGGCAAUCGAAGCGCAUAUUUUACGGGCCAAAUCGAAUUUAUAUGCCCAGUUUGUUAUACACUAUGGCGGCAAAUCCAUUCAGCAAAUGUCGAUUAGACUGUAUGUGGUUACAAUAAAUCUAUUUUGAUAUUAAUGUUGUUGUUGUUGUUGUCGUCAAUUCGUUGGAUUGCCUGACGAACGAAAAAAAAUAUAUUCCGAAAAUAUCGACUUCAAUUCGAACAGAAUAAUUUGCAAAUUGAAGCUGGUUUGUUUGAAUGACAAAUACAAAUCGACACUCACACACAUUUUUUUCUUCUUCUUUUCCGCUGUUCAGUUGUGGCGGUAAAUAUUAAAUAAUAAAUACGGACCAAAGUGAAACAGUGUUGAUUUGAAAAUUUGAAAAAAAGAAGAAAGAUACAUACAGUGACAACACACACUCACCGAAUUUGUUUUGUUAAGGUGUGAGCUAAUAAAUAGAAGACAAGAAAAAUCGCGCGCGCGAGAAACAAAAGCAACAAACAUUAAUUUUAGUGCUUUUUUUCUCAUCGUGUGUGUUUUGUAAUUCGGAGAUAAUGUCGCAUUCUGUGUUUCGAGAUCUCGAUGAAGACAAAACUAGUGGUAAUGGCACACGAGGCGAAGUCGCUGAAAACAAUCUCAUUGUUUUUAUCAAAAAAGAUGGUGCUGUGCAAGUUGAUCCGAACGCAUUACAAGACCUUAUCGUGAAUGCCAAUACAGAGACGAAAUCAACGGUCAGUGUCAUACGACUUGGUUCGCCGACGCCAAGCAUGGAAACCAAUGACGGUGAAAGUUCGAUCAAACAAAGUGAUGAUGAUGAGAAUAAUAAAAGUGGCGCCGACAACGACGACGAUGACAACGAUGAUGACGAAGAGGAUAUGGGUAGCAAAAAUAGCGGCGAAAGCAAUCAAGAUAGCGAUCAGGAUGGUGGUAGCACAGAUAAAGGUUCCAAAUCGAAAAAGAAGAAAAAGAAAAACAAAGUGCCCGGCAUCGGUUUGACAGUUGAAGAAUUUUAUAAUCCAGAGCAAGCAAUUCAAUUUGCUACUGAAAUUAUGAAUAUUGCUGGUAUCACAAAUCCAAAACAAUUGAAAGCCGACUAUGAGCAUUUGCGAUAUAUUAUACAAAAUGAUCAUUGUUAUACACCAUACACUUAUGCCGAUUCGUUGACUGAAGGCAAAUCAAAUGAUUUAUCUGAUGGUGCAAAAAAUGUAUCAAAAUCAAGGUUAAAAAUGACUAGUACACCGCUGCCAAGUUCGACGACGACAAAAAAAGUGGGCCGAGGUGGUGGACAAACGUCAAAAUCCACACCAUCGAAUGGUUUGGACGCAUCGAAUUCGUCACGAUUUGACGAUGCAAACAGUUCAAACGAAAAUACGGGCGAUCAAAAUGAAUCAGAUGAAGAGGAAGCUGAAAGUGAAUCAGACGAAGAAGAUGCUGAAACUGAAAAUGAUCGUGAUAGCGAUUUGGAUUUCAGUGUAAAUGAUUGUCAUUCGAGGCGAGCGAAAAAGAUCAAAAAACGUAAAAUACAAGCUAAAAAAUUGGCAAACAAAAAACGACGUCAAAGUACGAUUGAUUUUACUGGUUCGGACGAUAAUCAAACGCCAAGAGGAAAGAAGGCAACAAAAUUACCAAAGAAAUCUCUCAAUACUAGUGCAAAAUCGGUUGCGACUGCUGCUAUAACACCAUCCGCUUCGCCAACAGUUUCAAGCACAACAUCAAAAUCACCAGCCACCACCUCAACAUCGUCUCGUUUAACGAAAGUUACAUACGUAAAAGAUAUACCCACAUCACAACCAACCACUUCACAUGACAAUUUAACAUCGAAAUCGAUUGCAAUUCAAAAGAUUAAUAGCACAACCAAUACACAGAUUACGCCAACAUCAUCGGGCGGAAAUAAAUCGCAAAAAGUUAUAAUAAUGAGACAUAAGGUAAGGAAAGAUCAAACGGAAAAUGCGCUAAGUGGUAUGUCGUCUCUGUUCACGCCGGAUGUUGUUAUCAAACCGAAAUCAAGAGCGGAAAAUGUUGUUGCCACCAAUAAAACUCCGGUCGUUCUUAAUAAGUCAUUUGCAACUUCAACGCCAAACACAAAGGUUGAAUUUACUCCAAACACAUUAAAACCAGUUGUGGUACAAUCGAUUGCCAAUACCGUAGAAAAUAUGACAACACCACGAUUUAUAACCACAAAAUUGAUUAAAUCACCGGCCAUUACAUUUCGCAAAAUAUCAAAACCGGCAAUGAAUUUGGAAUCGGAACAAGAUAAACAAUUGGAUUUGAUCGAUUCGCUGUUACAGGAAAAAUUAAAUAAAACCGAACCGGAUGCAGCUCCGUUGUCGAGCGCUUCACAAUCAAGUAUUCCCGCAGACAUUCCAAAAAUUGUCAAAAUGUUGGAAACUUCAGAAGCAUCCGCACCAAUUGGAACCAUCGAUUUAAUGCAAUCGAAUAGUAGUUCAUCAAAUGCAAUGUCAAUGACAUUUACCACAACACAAUCGGCACACGACUCACAAAUGUUGCCAGACGAAUUGCUCGAUUCAAUUGCAAAUGAGGACUUUUUGUCCGAUGACCUGUUGCAGGAUGUGGCAAAACUUGUUGGUGACAAAAACUUGCAAGAGGUAAUCGAUCAAGAAAUACAAGGUAGUAGUAGUAGUACCACAUCGAUAUCAUCUUGUGCGGUAAUAUCGCAAACACAAAUACAAAAUGUUUCGACAAUGUCAAAGCCAAAUGCAAUGCAAACGACUGACGCAACACCAACAAAAGUGUCGGACGAACAAAAACCGGCUGUAAAUAUUAUGAAAACGCCAACAACACCAUCGAAUUUAUCAACACCAACAACAAAUAAAAAAGAAAUUAAAGUUAAACGGGCUGAUGGUUCAUUUAUCACGUUACCACCAAUCGAAGCGCCCACAACACGCGGUGCAAAACGACGAGCCGAAACAACGCCCGGUUCCGAAACACAACAAAAGCCAAAAGUGUUCACGGUCAUUGUACAAAGUGAUUCGCCGAUGCAAAAUCAACCAAAGGGUGUGUCAAACACACCAACAAACGAAUCAAUAAAAGGCAUACCAUUUGGUAGUGCAUCGAAAGCAAAACCAAUUGUGGCACGUGAACGAAGAGCAUCGGUGGCCGUAAAACGAGCUUCGCUCGAUUCGAAACCUAGGCGUAGCUUGAGCAUAUCGAAUCCACCGCCGGUCGCUGUACCCAAUGAUGAUGACGAUGAUGACGAAGAAGAUGGAUCGGAUGGCAGUUAUAAUUCGGAAGACGAUCCCAAUCGCCGAAAAGGCACAAUGAUUUGGUGUAUAUGUCGUACUCCGCAUAAUAAUCGCUUUAUGAUUUGUUGUGAUAAAUGCGAGGAAUGGUUCCAUGGAAAAUGCGUUGGUAUCACAAGACAAAUGGGAAGAGAAAUGGAAGAACGGCAAUCCGAAUGGAUUUGUCCGAAUUGCAUUAAAAAACGACAACCAUCGAUUCAAAAUAUAUUUCCGCGUAAAGUGGUUGUGGAAAAUUCACCAAAAACAAAAGAAUCGCCCGUACCCAAUUGUGUUGUUUGUUGUUUUAAGCCGUCGCGUUCGAAUUCAAUUUACUGUAGCGAUGAUUGUAUUCGAAAGCAUUCAAAAGCUGUUAGUAACACUGCAUCGAGUGCAAGUGAAUCGGAUUCAACAACACCAACGAUAAAAUCGCCGUCAGAGAAAAAAUUCCCUCAGCCAAAAAUUCUCAGUCAUAUGUUCAGGGAUAAAAUGAAUCAUGUGGUCAUUUACGAUAAAGCAACAAACACAUUUUUGACAGGUAAAAAUGCACCAACACAAGAUAAAUUACAAAAAUGGUUGGCCGACCAUCCAAAUCAUGAAGUCUUAAAACCCGGGUCAAAAAAAGCCGAAGAAUUUAAAGAAAGACAAUCGGAUGCAUUUAAAAAAAAACAACAACAAUUGAAAUCACUUGCUAAAACAAUGGCAAGCGAAAAAGAAUUGUUUGCUGUGACACAGGCCGCAAAAAUUCAAACAACAUUGCAAUUUGAAUCGAAUAAAAUGGUGUAUGUUAAUCCAACGACACAAAAACAAGUGACAACAACUUCGUUGAAACGGCCAAUAUCAGCCAUAACAUCAUCGCCAGUGAAUUCCAAGUCACCGGCCAGCCGAUCAGGGGAACCCAUUGCAAAAGCGCCCAAACUUAGUUCAACGCCAGUAUCAACGCAAAAGAGUAGUAAGCGAACGCCGGAUGCAAAACCACCAACUCACAGUAAAUCCGCUAGUAAAUCAAAUGAACAGGAUCGAUUGCGUCAAGGUGCAAGAAAAUCAUUGAUUGAACAAUUGUUGAUUCGUACAAAGGAAAUAGCCGAUGCAAAUGCGCCCCGAUUAACUGAAGGUGAAAUUACGGAAUUUGUAACUUCCGCCGAAUUAGAAAUGUUUGAAAUGUUUGGUGGUGAUACGAAUAUGAAAUACAAAUCAAAAUACCGUUCAUUGUUGUACAAUAUAAAGGAUCGCAAAAAUUUGACACUAUUCGAAAAAAUAUCGAGCAAAGCGAUUGAACCAAAGCAAUUGGUACGAUUGUCAACCGAAGAAUUAGCCAGCCAGGAGCUGGCCAAAUGGCGUGAAAAUGAAACCAAACAUCAAUUGGAGAUGAUUACCAAAUCUGAAUUAGAUAUGCUUGCAUGUGGUAAUAGUUAUGUUUUGAAAACGCACAAAGGUGAAGAGGUAAUUCAAGAAAGUGGUGAACGAUCAAUUCCAGUUGAGGAUUUGGCAUCGGUAUUGAACAAUUCAGCGGUUAGUAGUAGUGAUACAGCGAUUGUGACGAAAGAUAGCCGCGUUGAUAAGUAUUUGAGCUCUGACGUUGGUAAAUCAGCAUCGAAAAGUUCACAUAAAAAAGAUGGCGAACGUGGUCAUGACAAAAAAGAUCGUCACGACAGUCGAUCGAGUGGUUCGUCAUCGAAGCACAAGCGAAAACGUAGUCGCGAAAGACACAGUAGCCAUAGCAGUCAUAGUCAUAGUCACAAAGAUAAAAGCCACGACAAAGAUCGCAAAGAACGCAGUAGUAGUGGGGGCGGCGGCGGCGGUGGUGGUGCUGGUGGCUCAACUGAUAGUCGCAAAGAUAAAAAAGAUCAUAAAUCGGGCAGUAGUAGUAGUUCGAGUAGCAGCGGUCGUGUCAAACAUCAUACGGAUAAAGAUCGAAAAAGAGAUUCAACAAACAAAACAAAUGCAACUACACCGCAAAAACAACAAACCGAUGAAAAUAGCAUUGCUGACAAAAUUCUCAAGGCACAGUCGACCAUUAAUAGCAUUUUACAUCCCGAAGAAUUUAAAAAAACUGGCGAAACAACAACAACCACGACAAAUGUUAGUUCAGCAACUGAAGAAAGUCCACAAUUUGUACGACAAUCAUCGGUUGCAGCGAAUGAAAGUGAUCAAGAGCCAACAAGUACCGUAACGAUUCCAUCACCACCGGAAGUAACAUCUGAAAGGCAAUCAACAACACCGCCACCAAUUGAAAAACCGAUUUUACCGAUCGUAUGGUCGGGAAGUAUUAGUAUGGUCGAUGUUGCAACAUUCCAAGUAUCAUUGAGUCCAUUGUCUGGUAGCACCGCAAUGAUUGAAUUUCCCAAAGAAUUUGAUGUUGUUGGUCGCAUUAAUCCGGAAACGGUUUGGGAAUAUCUUGAAAAAAUUCGAAUUAGUAAAGAUAUUGUAUUGCUAAAAUUUUCACCGCGUUCAAAGUCCGAAGACAAUGAAACGGCCUACUCACAAUUUAUAACGUAUCUAGAUGCUCGUAAAAGGCUUGGCGUCAUUAAGAUUCCAUCGAAAUUGGUCAAAGAUUUUUAUAUAAUGCCAUUGACUUCACACAAAUCAUUGCCAUCCAUUUUGAAAACAACGACCGGUUUCGAUUUAGGCGCCGAUCGCCCUGACUUACUGCUUGGCAUCGUCGUUAGAAAUCGUACCUCGACACAAACCAGCCAUCUACCAAUUCCACCAAAGCAUCGUCAACCAAUACCAUUCAUUGGCCACAAAUCAGCGAUGACAAUUCCAGCUAAAGAAGCCCACUAUACUCCGCCAUCUAGUCCAAAUAUGAAUAUUCCUGUGCAAACAAUCAGUAAGCAGGUGAUAAAAUCAACAUUUUCUUCAAAUUUGGACGAUGAUGAACCAUACUCGCCGGGCGGAAGUGAUGACGACGAUUUAUCGCUUAACACAAUACCAAAUUCGUAUAUGUCAAGCACAAGCGGAAUCGCAAAUCCAAUUCCCGAUUAUUCAAAGCCGAUCGGCACAACAAGCUUUGACAAACAGCAAUUGGAAGAACUGAAUCGACAAAUUGAGGCGGAGAAAAAAGAAAUUGCAAUGAUGCAUUUACAGCAAACGGUUGACAUCGAUGAACCGUAUUCACCAACAAGUUCUGUUUCACCGCCAAUUAAUCAAAAUCUUUCGGAUGUCGUGUCAAACAUUUCAAUUCCGGCCAAUUUAGCUGAUAUUUUAAAGAAUGUUGCUUCAUUUGGAUCGACAACAACAGCAAAUCAAAUUCCAUUGAAUCAAUAUACGACGAGUUUGAUGGAUACCAGCGAUGAAUAUGUACCGAUGGCACCGGGUACAUCAACAAUUAGUUGUUAUGCGCCCACACCAUCAUUACAACUAACUCAACCGAAUGUUGAUGCAGCGGCCGCAUCACAGCCCAGCAAAUUGGCAAUGCUCACCGACGAUGAACUCAUGAGAUUAGUUCCAGACGAAAUUGAUUAAUUGUGCAUGCAUUUAAUAGAAUUUUUGCAUGCGUUUGGCUGCGAUUUUAACGAUACAUCUCAAUGUAUAAGAAAAAUAAACACAACCAAACACAAAAAAAAAAAAAAAAAAAAAACAAAAAUCAGAAGAGAAAAAAAUAUCAUUUCCAACAUUUAUCAAUAGAUUUAUUCAUCCAACUUUUCUCUCCCAAGCUUAUCAUUUUCAUUUUGAUUUAAGUUUUAUCAACAACUACAAAAAUCAAUUUCCAACGCAAUGAUCCUAGAGGAUAAUUUUGAAUUAAGGGAAUAAUUUUAGUGAAAUUAUUCUUAACAUGAAAAAAAAAAUUAGAAAAAAAGGAAAUUCUUUGAAAAUGAAAUCUAAUAGUGAAUCUAUGAUGUUUAAUGCGAUUGUGAUAUCGAAUUAAUAAAAAAAAGUGGAAGCAUGAAACAUUUUGAAAAUAUCAAAUUAUCGAAUAUGACGGACAGAAAACAAAUGAAUGAAAGUGAAUGGUGGCAACAGAAAAUAAUCGAAAUUAUUAUCAGCAAUAAGCGGAAAAGUAACAUUUUUUUAGUUAUUUUGGAAUGUUUGUUGAUAAUGCUAUGCAUCCUCGAUUCCGAACAAAAAAAAUUUUCUGAAUUUUUUUUUCUUUAUAUACGAAACUGAAAAAUAUCACUCCGAGCAUUUGAAAAUUGUAUACAAGGGAAAAAACACACACAUUUUAAGUGCAUUUUUUUAUAAUAAUUUUCCUUUCUC